CGCUGAGGAGCAGUACUAUUUUUAUUUUUCAUUAGAAGAAAGCAAUGUUCUACGAUCGAGAUGCGAUAAUAACCACCAUUCGGAAUGACUCGUCCGGAGCGAUCAAGUCGAAGUGCCUCCCGGGAACGGGUAUCUCGAUUCGACCAACCGCAUCAUCACGUCGAGCACUUGGGAACCCGUGGGGUGCGCAUAUUCACCGGCAACGAGAAGCAACCGAAGGUGUUCUGCAAUCCGGUUAUCUUCAACCAGGACGCCACGCGCAAUCAACCGUACCAGGAGAACGAUUGGGAUAACAACGAGCGUACGCCAAACCGUGCGGCGGAUCGUGUCGCCAAUCCGGACGAAUAUCGCACCGGAAAUGGUGGCUACGAUGUGCGCCGGUCCCUGCUGGAGAACGCACUUACGAUCGCGUUCCUGGCGGCCAACUCGAACCAGCUGCGGAUGCUGACGAGCAGUAACAGCGAUCGCCAGGAUACGAUCACCUAUCGCGCCUGUCUGGCCCUGAUCAUACUGUCACUGAUACUGCAAAUUCUAAACGGUGUCGCCAUGCUGCUAAUGUCGACGCACACCAGCCAGCGUUGGCCCCUGCUACGGACCUUGGCCUGCAUCGCUGCCACCACGAUCGCCCUGCUUAAUCUUGGCGUGGUGACCAUGCUGAAUGUACUUCUCGAGUCAUCCUGA